GCAGUCCAAUAUCAGAAAGACAUUGAGAAAGUAAAAGAAAAUAUAAUUAAAGCACAACAUCAAAUGAUUGAACAGGCAAAUAAACAUAGACGCCCGUCUCAAUUUGCUGUAGGAGAUUUGGUUUGGGUAAAGUCUAAAGAGUUUGCUCUUGAAGAGAACGUUUCUCAGAAGCUUCUACCCACCUAUAGAGGACCUUGGCAAGUUCUAGACGUAAUUGGAAAUGUGGAUGGUCCUUCGUAUGUCAUUGAAAUUCCUCCUCAUCUACGUACAUAUCCAGUGUUCCAUGCGUCCAAGCUCUUACCUUGUGUAAYGAAUGAGCUCUUCCCAAGUCGCCGAUCAAUGAUACCUCCGAGUAUGGAUGGGAAGUAUGACAUGGAUAAGAUUGUUGCAGAAAGUACUUAUCACACAGGACGUAGAGGCAGACCACAACGACAGUACAAAGUGAGAUUUGCAUACCAGGAUCCUAGUGAAGAUCGCUGGCCGUCACCGAUCUUUCUCAUAUUUUCGAUCAUCCUAUGCGCGAUUCCAGGGAUAGCCUCGCUCGUAGUGGCAGUUCCAAACUUUGGCGAAUGCGACAAGAAGGUCCCUUUGUUCCUAGUGAUUUUUGCGGCCCUUGAUAUGUUAUACCUCUUUUUCGCCUUCUAUCUUUACCAUAGGUUCAGCAAGCCGUACGACCCCACACGCCCACAUGAGCGCAACCCAUUUAGCAGGGCUUGGCACACGUGCUGCUUUGAUCCAUGGGUGAGCUUGUUCAUAAUUGGGCUGAUCGGUGGCAUUGUUGCCGCAAGCAUAGGACUGUCGUCAAUGGCGAAAGCUGACUGCGGAAGCAAGGACAUUAUUCCAUCGAUGGCCAGGAUUGUAUCUGGUUUAUUCUUUCUCUACUUCUUCGGCGGGAUCCUCGUAAUCUUCAUCAGCUUGGGAAUAGAGUGCAUCAGAAGAGGCAACGGCGCUGGUAAUGGGAACCUCACGGGGAAUACGGGGCCCCCUGGGAAUCCUGGGGGGUCUCCCCCUUAUCAGGGCCCUGGAACCGUAGACAGAUUACAGGGAGUCAUAGGGAGGCUGUUUUACCCGCUCCAGAGCCAAUCUCCACAGUUUGCUCCCCCGGCCCCUCCGGUCGGCAUGCCGGUGCCGGGAGUGGGGCCUGGGUAUGCACAAGCUUAUCCUCCGCAUCCUCAGCAACCGCAAGCGUACCAGACGCCCCCGGUCCACCAGGCACAAUAUCACGGAGGAACCGGAGGUCAGCCAUCGGGCUGGAUGGGUAGAUUGAGGGCCAAUUUUGGCACCGGGGGAUACCAACACCAGCCUGUCCAUCAAGGUCAUGUUCCAGAUGGAUUCCCAUUACCCGCUCCGCCACCGUACGCUGCACCAGCCACGACUUUUCCUUAUCAUCAGCCAGCCGCGUACCCAUUGUCUCAUCCCUCGGCGCUUCCCCCACAUCAGCAUAUGGCCAGCGCUCCGCCACCCAUUUAUGUUGCAAAAAUCAGUGGCGGUGGUGGCGGCGGUGGCGGCAGUGGGAGCCCUAUUAUCGGAGGUCGCUAGAUCUGACAUGUAACGGUGCCAUCAUGUGUUCCGGCAUCCCAUCCAUCGUCACAGUUUGGCGGCAGGCGGACAUUGCUCUUCAUCUUGUGUGUACCGAUGCCGACAUUCCUUGAGACGUCUACACUGUACCAAAGAUCAACGGAGUACGCACGAUUCUUUGCUCGAAUCACCCGCCAAGACAAACAGAAAGCAUACGCUGAGCGCAGUCUGCUCAGUCGAGUGAAUCGAGUCACUUUACAAACGAACGUAAGGGUAUAUGUAUGCUUCAUAUGCUCCUUCACCCGAGUCACUCGGCAAUGAGAGGAUGUUGCCGGUGCUAGAAGUCUACCAUCGUCAUCCUGCGAUCUAGCAGCAGCAUGGGAAGUGCAGCGCUAGCCAGUACGCGCUGUAUGUAUGCAUCACGAUUCCGAGGAGUUACGGCCCUCCAAGAUUGGCACAGGCGCAACCUACCGACCCACCAUUUUCUUCUUAGAGCUAACGGCUUGGCAGUUGUCGGAAGAUGAGGGCCAACAUUUUUUUGGACAGCGGAGCUGCGGAAGUACAACGAGUUGAAAGGUGCAAUGGAAGCGAAGUUUUGCGAGGUAUGCCUGGGGAGAGCGUACUUGCGCCAUGCUGCUGCUAGAAGACAAAGGGUGAUGAAGGUCGAGGUCCGUACAGGGUGCCUGCGCAAGCAGAGGCGAAGGCGGAUGCAUGUUAUGUCGGUCACAGCCGCGUUGCCACCAUUUUUUUUGUUAUCGUGGUGUCAUCGACAGACGAUGGAGGGGAGAAAAGAAAUGAAAAAUAAGUGAGGUGGCAGAUGGAUGGACGACUCGUAUAGUAAACCCUAAACCGAGAGUAGUGCUAUAAGGAUCAAGACAUGGGCUGCUCUGCUGUUCUGCUGUUCUGCUCACCGCGCACGGCCAUGCAAAAAGGUAGGUAUCAGUCAGUCAGCCUUAAAUUCAGUCGUAGUGCUGAAGGAUAGUGCCGACGAUUUAUUGUUUUGUACAGUCCGCAGAGUUUAGCGGAUUCUAAUCGA